AUGUACGAAGGAGCUGAAUAUUAUAAAGUUCUUGCGAAGCUGAAUUACGAACGCAUGCUGUUCCAGCUGCCAGUGAUAAUUACACUGCUGGUCGUCAUGGUGAUGGCCAUAUUCGGGAACAUUCUUGUCAUCUGUGUGUACAGAUUGUCCUGCAAGAGAAGUGUUGCGAGUUUCUUCAUUAUUGUUCUUGCCAUCGUAGACCUAACCACGGCUCUGUGUACCGCCUUCAACAUCCAGGACAUGCUAAAUCCAUACAUGAACCCAGCACCAGUUGCGUGCAAGAUUGGACGAUUCCUGGAAUCCUUUACGGCAGUGCUUUCUGGAAUCUUUCUCGUCUGCAUUGCAUUUGACAGGUAUUUUCAUAUAAUCUAUCCUCUUAGAGGAUACACACUCGCGCAAGCUAAAUACCUGGCUAUUGUCAUGAGUGCCGUAGCCCUGUCGUUAGCUUGGCCUCAGCUGUUUUUGGCAGGCAAAAAAACUGUAAAAACUUCAGUGGAGGGAAUAUUUGGCGAAGACUGUUCAUUUCAAGACAGUGUUUAUAAUUCCAUAUACACAUUAUUAUUUCAAGGCAUGCUAGCUGUGGCAUUUUUUACAGGGAUAAGUAUGACUGUGUUUUUCUACAGUCGUAUUUACUAUGUCAUUUGGAGAAGACGCAAACAGGUUAUAGGAGAACAAAUUUCUACUGUGUCAUCCCAGCUUAAACAUCUUAAGAAGAAAAAUCAGUUCUCCGAUAUACAUCUGGAAGACCGAAGAUUAAGUAGCUGUCGAUCCAAAACCGAGUUGUCCACAGAGAUUAAUACACCAGACGAAGUAGAAACUGGGAAUCAUCACCGAAUAGACAGAGAUGCAAUAAAAGAAGAAACCUGCUUGUCAGAUCAGCCAAGUGUCACACCAAGCUCUACGCAAGGAUUAAAGAAUACGGUGAAAGAAUCAACACUGAAGGGUGAAGCAAAAAAGAGUUCACGAAAGCGCCGCAUUGGUACGGUUCGCAUAACUCGGAUAAUGACGGCGGUAACUUUAGCUGGUAUGUUGGGCUACAUGCCGUAUCUGUUGGUGAACAUUUUCAAAAACAUGGGACUGUUUUUCAAACCAGGCAUGAGUAAAACAGAAGACUUGGUGUACGAGUUCGGCACGAAAUCGCACUUCAUGAACACGUUUGUAAACCCCGUUAUUUACAGUGUGAUGAACCCAGAUUUCAGAGUUGAUGCCUGGAGGAUACUGACGAACGUGGGCAGGAUUCGCUGUAACAGGGAACGAUUCUGA